AUGAUGAUGGUGACUGGCCGCCUGCUGUUGCUAUGUGCCCUCUGUGUGCUGUGGUGCGGUGUCUGCGGUGGUGGAUGUUCUGAAGCAGCUCCAGAAGCUCAGCUUAUUGAGUCCGAAGACAAUAAACGUAAAGGUGAAAACACCACAAUUGAUGGCGUUGGAGAAGUUGACCGGUUAGGUCAACCGGCAGCGUCGCAAUCAGCAGAAUCGGUGCCUGUAUCGGGAUCGGAAGAGGAAUCGGCAUCGAACCCAUCACCGGCACUACAACCCGCAGCAAAGGCAUCGGAAGUGGCAAAUGCAACGACGGAAAACAACAAGAACACGACGAAAAAAGAAGGUGAAGCUGAUAAUGAUGAGGAAUUGAAGGAUGAGGAGAAGGAAGAAGAUGAAGAGGAAGAGGAAGAUGAAGAGGAAGAGGAAGAUGAAGAGGAAGAGGAAGAUGAAGAGGAAGAGGGAGAGGAAGUGGAGGAGAAAAAGGAAGAGGGAGAGGAAGUGGAGGAGGAAGUGGAAUUGGAUGAUGGCAAGGAGGAGGAGGGAGAGGAAGAAGAAAAAGAUGAUACCAGCACUACAAAGGGGAUUUUGGCAGGCGGUCAGGAAGAGCCAAUUUUAUCUUCUCGUGUGGAGGAAGCAUCGAAUAAAACAAAACCCCAAAGCACUCAAACAACUGGCGACAAAGAUCCAGCAGCUGAUGGUGCAGUGACACAAGAAGAAAAACAAAAUGAAAAUAAAGAAGCCAAUCCGAAGGAAACACCAGUCGAAGCCACAGUAAUAAAAACCACGACGGCGACGCCUGGCGACAGUGACGGCAGCACCGCGGUCUCCCACAACACCUCACCUCUUUCGCUUCUUCUUUUUGUUGCGUGUGCGGCUGCUGCUGCGGUGGUGGCCGCGUGA